UGUUGGAUCCCUAGUAUAAAUAUGAAUAGUCAACCAGGACCAUCACGGGAGAGGUCUCCAGUAGUAACGAGGCGUAAGACGUUGACUGACGAACAAUUAUUGGCAUUGUUACAAGAGUCAGAUGUAGAUGAUGGAGAUAGUGAUUUUGAAGUAGAUACUGAGGAAAGCGAUUCUGAAGAUAAUUUCUUGACGGAGGCAGACAUACCCGAAAUAAGACAUAGCAUAUCGGCUGAGCAUUGGAGUUCUAAUCCAGUGCAGGUCCCGUCAAUUCCGUUUAUAGGAAAUGCAGGGUUGAAAGUACAGCCAAAGGGACAUGAGCCUAUCGAUUAUUUUGAUUUGCUAGUAUCUGAUGAUUUUUAUAAUUUUAUAGUAGAAGAAACUAAUUUUUACGCCAUUGAAGUUCUUAGUCUUUCGUCAGAAAAAUCUAGGAUAACUCAUUGGAAAGAUUUAACUACCACUGAACUGAAAGUAUUUUUAGGUCUACUUUAUCACACUGGAACAAUACUUUUAAAUAAACUUGAGGACUAUUGGAAACAAGACGAUCUAUUUAAUAUUCCAUGUUUCAAAAAACAUAUGAGUAGAAAUCGUUUUUUAUUAAUUCUUCGAGUUUUACAUUUUAGCCAUGAUGCUGUGGACCCAAAUGAUAGACUUUUUAAAAUUAAAUCAAUUGUGGAAUAUUUUAAUAAUAAAAUGGAUGAGGUGUAUUAUCCCGGUAAAAAUUUAUCCAUAGAUGAGUCAAUGAUAUUAUGGCGGGGUAGAUUAAUUUUUCGACAGUAUAUACAGGGAAAAAGGCAUAAAUUUGGGAUCAAAUUAUAUAUUUUAGCUGAGCCAAAUGGCCUGAAUUUAAAAAUUAUGAUUUAUACUGGACAAAAACUGUCACAGCUUGAACAACCGCAUUCUAAUAGUCACACAGAAAGUGUAGUUAUAAAUCUUAUGGAAGGAAAAUUGUACAAAGGUCAUUCGCUUUACAUGGACAAUUAUUACAAUAGCGUAAAUUAG